GAAGGCGUCCACUGCCGUUAUUGCAAGUACUCCGUUCACGCUCUGUGGUUACACUCUAGGAAUUUAGUUUGUGAUAGUUCUCAGUUCAAGGUGGAGCCGGCACGAUGCUGAAUGCGAUGCAGGUGGUGCUUCUGUGCAUCCUAUUGAUGAUUCCCGUAUAUGCGGUAAAACCUCCAGGAUACGUAGAACCAAAAAAAGAAGAAGACCCAGAUCCUCCAAAAUACGAAUAUGGAUACAAUAUUGCAAAUGACCAAGGUGACGGACAAGGAAAACAGGAGCAACGGGAUGGAAUCCAUGCAUCAGGAAGGUACUUUGUACAAGGAAAAGACUCCAAUCAGGAAGUCCAAUAUUUUGCAGAUGAUUGGGGAUAUCAUCCCGCCGUAGAAUAUAGCAGUGUAGGUCCCUAUAGCAGAUCCAGCGCACAAUUCGCUCUGGAUCAUGAGGCAGUACAACAAUUAAAAAAUAAAAAGAACAAACAGCCCCAGCUCCAUGGCCUUCCAGAUACAGGAAACCUUGACAAACAAGGAAGCCGGAUAUCUCUGGAAAAAUUAUCAAAGUCGAUAGAUCAGGGACAAAAAGAUGUUCAGAUCCAAUCAACAACACAACAAUCUGCUAAUGAAAAAAACGUGCAGUUCGACGUCAGAUUACCAGAAAUUCCAAAGAUCCCUCAGAUUAAUCCUGAACACAUACCACAGGAAAAACAAUCGAUAAAAAUAGCUCAAAACAUCCAAUUAUCAUCACAUCAAGGUGAAAAUUCGCAAACAUCUAACGAAGGCCUGCCAUUAAGGGGUUUUUUUCCACAAUACUUAACUCAAGUUCAACCACAAGCUCAAGCUCUAACCCAAAUAACUCCUAACCAAGAUGAUUCUCGUGCUCAAGAAAAUUUUAUAGAAAGUUUAGAACCACAAAAUCAAAAUACUAUCAGUUCUUUGGAACAAUAUGAACAAGUAAAAGAGUCCGCAGAGAACUAUAUUCCUCCAAAAGUUCAGGAACACAUUUCUAAGGAAGAAAACACUUUAGAAACGUCCAAACAUCACCAAGAAAAAAGUGUAUCAUUAGAAAAUGAUAUCAGUAAAACCUCAAAUAAUAUUGGAAUACUUGACACGUUAUCACAUAACUAUGAUCUUAACCAACCACAGAAACUUGUUCAACUCAAUGAUUAUAUUACUGAAUACAGUGGUAGAGACGGAUAUUCAGAGUUUGGACUGAGAAUAAAUAAAUUAAAAAAUGAAGAAUCUAACAAGUUGGUCGAAAGUACACAACAUCUGGUUUCUGGACAAGACGUUCUCGACAUCAAUAGUGCAAUCACAGAGUACCAAGAGUCGAAUACUAAAAUCAACUCUCAAGAAACCAAUACUGAAUACAAAACUUCUGAUGUAACAUCAGUUAGCACAACAACGGAAUCCAGUAUCAAGGAAAGCAGUUUCAAUGGUCAACCGAUCAUAGUUGCCGACUCACUUGAAAUCGAUGUACCGUCUUCUACAUCAUUUGUUGAAUCGAACCAAGAAGAAUCAUACUCCACAGCAAAAUCAACAGCUUGGUUCUCUUCAACAGCUUCGCCGUUAGUAUCAACGGUUGUUGUAACCCCAAGACCAGUUAGUACUAAGUUUUUAGCGCCAAUUACCGCAGGAAUCAGGUUGCAAAACGUUGAAAAACAUACUGAAGAACGAGAGCAAAUUAAAAAUAAUAAUAAAAUGCAUAUUGAAGUUCAAGAAAGUAUUCCGUAUUAUUUGGGAAAAUAUGAAUAUCCUAUCAGCUAUGAACAACACGUUAAUAUAAACAACUCCUCUAUAUCUAGUAUAGACGAAAAAGCCAAAGAAAAUAUAGAAUUGGGAAAGACUCUUCUCUAUUUUCCAAGUCAAGGAAUAUCUGUGAGAAAUCAACCUAUUGCGGACGUAGAUAAUCACAUUACCAUUCAACAAUUACCAGGUACUGACAUCAAAAACCAAUUUUUAGAAAUUGAUCAAGAGCAAGCUCAAGGUUAUCAAAAUCAAGUUACCGUUCAACAUACUCCAGAUGUUGAACAAGCUCCGAAAGAAGUAACGAAGGUCAUACACGAACCAUAUCCUGUUGAGGUACCCUAUUCCAUUGUGAAACAAGUAGAAAUCCCUAGAACUAUACAGAAAGUUAUAGAAAAACCUAUACACAUAACUCGAUAUGUAGAAAAGCCUGUACGGAUUCCUCAACCAAUUCCUGUGGAGAAAGUUGUAGAAAAACCAGUUCAUAUUCCAGUGCAUAUCACAAAAUAUAUUGACAGACCUUAUCCAGUAGAAGUUCGUGUCCCGUACCCUCAACCAUUUCCAGUCGAAAGAGUUGUGCAGAAAAUUGUCAAACAACCUUAUCCAGUUGAAGUACGAGUACCUGUUCAAGUAGAGAAAAUAGUCGAGAAAAAAGUUCCUCAUUACAUAGAAAAGCCUGUACCAGUGGAGAAAAUUGUGGAGAAACCCGUCCCCCACUACAUUGAUAGACCUUAUCCUGUGGAAAAAAUCGUUGAGAAACCAGUCACACAGUACGUGGAUAGGCCAUAUCCCGUGGAAAAGAUCAUAGAAAAACCAGUUCCACACUACAUAGAUAGACCUUAUCCAGUAGAGGUUAAGGUUCCUGUUGAAAAAAUUGUCGAGAAAAAAGUGCCACACUAUGUCGAUAGACCAUAUCCUGUAGAAAAAAUUGUAGAAAAACCAGUUCCACACUAUAUUGACAGACCAUACCCCGUAGAGAAAAUCGUGGAGAAACAAGUUCCUCAAUAUAUCGAUAGGCCUUAUCCAGUAGAGGUGAAGGUGCCGGUUGAAAAAAUUGUGGAAAAGAAAAUUCCACUGUACGUAGACAGACCGUAUCCUGUGGAAAAAAUCGUAGAGAAGCCAGUUCCACAUUAUAUUGACAGACCAUAUCCGGUUGAAAAAGUAGUUGAAAAACCAGUCCCACACUUUGUUGAUCAGUCAUAUCCGGUGGCAGUGAAAGUUCCUGUGCAGCAGUCUGUUAAUGUGGAUUUUGGUGUCACAAAAUCAAACAGAGUCCAAUUUCAACACCCAUAUUUUUCUCAGAUAUUUUUGCAACAAUCUUAUACCGAUCAGACAAAAUAUCAACCCAAAGAACAGUAUGUUCAGCAGUCGCAACCUGAGAUUUAUAUUACUGCCAAUCCUUAUGCUUACGCUCCCCAAAUCAACAAAUAUAUUCCUCCUAAGAAGAAUCUUAUUCUGAACAAUGGCUAUUUACCACCUAGGCAAAUUCCCAUUGAUUAUUUACAACCUUUUCAAGGAGAUGCCUACUUACCUCCGAUUCAAGCAGAUUCGAAGUAUCCUCAAGUACAAUUUAAACAAUGUGGUUACCAUACAUCCAAAGGCAAUAUUCUUAACCACGAUAACAUUGGAUUACUGCCUCCAAAAAUAUUUAACGGGGCGGGUCCUUUGUUGAGAAUACAUAGAAAUGCGAGAUCUCAUUUUGACAGUAAAAACAUAAAAAUGGAACAUGGUUUUUUACCACCAAUGGUUCCUUCUUUAGAGAUAGAUGAUAUGGGAAAUCCGAUAGAAAAAAAAUGAAAGUAGGUGGUUCCUAUUCGCUGUUGCGACAUUUGCCAUAUAUUUAUAUAGUGUAUCGGGUGAAAUUUCGUUACCUAUUAAAAUGAUACCUCGUACAAAGAAUGGAACUAUAGUCAUGGAAUGUUCCCGUAACAGUCAACGAUUUGAAACUAGUUGAAGAGCAUUCAUACAAACUUGGAUUGAAAUGUCAGUUGCCCCGGAAAUUUAACUUCAGUACGAAAAAAUAAUACAUUUGAAAAUGUGAUAAAUAUUUUACGUAGACUACAGUUGAAUAUGUAAUGUAGCGUUCUCUUACAUCUGAACAUUGCGUCAGAUGAGUCGAAACUGUUAAUUCAUAGGUUAUGUUAGUUAUAGUUAUAGCGAUGGAAAACUCUUGUAAUAUUGUUUUACCAUUCUGCUAAUAUCCUUUUACCGAGUCAUUAUGUUGUUACUUUAUAUAUUUGAUAAAAAAAUUUGUAAAAAACUUU